AUGUUUUCUAUAAGAUUUGUCUUCUUGUUUUUAGCUAUUAGCCUUCCUGAAUUGAUUUAUGCUACACCAGCUUGCUUUAACAUUAGAGGUUCUCCAAUUUAUAUUGGUAAAAAAGAUGAAGCCUCUUCAAAAAUUAGCUUAAUCGAAUAGAAUCUGGAUAAAAAUUACUUGGGUAUAGCAGGAACUUUUAACUCUCAACAAAUGAUUGGCCUAUACAGUCAUGAUUCAAAUCUAAACUGA